UCCACAGCUGAUGAAUCAGCUGAUUAAUGCCUGAACCCUGGUCACCUUCUUGAGCGAGUGCCCAAGCUCUAGUCUCUGAGAAUUGGCCUAGGGGUGUCACUGUGACUCACUCUCCUCUGAGAGCAGCUCCAUGGGUUUCUUCUACAGCAUCUAAUUCAGCGGGCAAGAAUAUCCCAGCAUGGGCAUGAGUGGCUUGAAAUUGCUGAAGUACGUUCUGUUUUUCUUCAACUUGCUCUUUUGGUUUUGUGGCUGCUGCAUUUUGGGCUUUGGGAUCUAUCUCUUGAUCCACAACAACCUCUGGUUGCUCCCCUUCCUCCCACUGGGCAAUGUGCUUGUCAUCGUGGGCUCCAUUAUCAUGGUGGUUGCCUUCCUGGGAUGCAUGGGCUCCAUCAAGGAGAACAAGUGCCUGCUUAUGUCGUUCUUUAUCCUGCUGCUGAUUAUCCUCCUUGCGGAGGUGACCUUGGCCAUCCUGCUCUUCGUGUAUGAACAGAAGCUGAAUAAGUAUGUGUCUGAGAGCCUGACUACCAGCAUCCAGAAAUACCGCUCGGACAACAGCACCAGGGAGAUGUGGGAUUCCAUCCAGUCAUUGCUGCAAUGUUGUGGUGUCAAUGGAACAAGUGAUUGGAACGGUCACCCACCAGCAUCUUGCCCCCAAGGUCCACAAGUUCAGGGUUGCUACGCAAAAGCAAAACAGUGGUUUCAUUCCAAUUUCCUGCAUGUUGGAAUCAUCACUAUCUGUGUAUGUGUGAUCCAGGUGUUGGGGAUGUCCUUUGCGCUGACCUUGAACUGCCAGAUUGAUAAAACCAGCCAGGCCCUAGGGUUGUGACACGCUACUGCCUUGUGCUGGAGAGGCUUAUUUCAUCUCUGGAAAUCCAAAGUCAUUUAUAGCAUGAAACCCUAAAUGGUCACCUCUUGGCCUGGUGUCUUUGUCCCCCUCUCAUCUCUUCCCUGUUUUGGUCCCUGUCUCAUAUAACCAGAGAAGAGAUGUGUUUGCUAGUCAUUUCCCAUCUCAAGCACCAGAACAAUCAUUCACCCACUCAUGGAGACGCACCUAUGUCCCUCAAGGUGGUGACACUAAUACCGACCAUUUUUCAGACACGAGAGGCCAAGAGACCUCUGGCACUAAUGGUUCAAGAUCAAAGGAUGAGUCUGGGACUUGAAUCUUUGCAUCUUCUUAUUGUCAAAUAACUCUCUAGCUUCCAAAUGAUGCCCUGUCCACUCUCCAAAGUCAAGCAAAAGACACACUGAAGGGAGUUCUGGGGCCAGACUCACUGGAUCACUGUUACAACCCCCUGCUUCCUUUUGGCUGGGCCUGGGCCUUGGCUACAGGAAUGACAGAGUACUCUUUCUCCAAAGGGUAAGGUUUCUUUCAACUUCCUUAUUACGGGCCUUAUUGAUUCAUUCUGUCCUUCCAGAAGAAACUGUCUAG